CUAAUUCUUAAUUUGUUUUCUUAGAGUUGCUGCUUGCUGUUGGUCAUUCCAUUAUAUAAAACGUGUGCUUGAAACAUUGUUUGUACAUCGUUUUUCUCAUAACACAAUGCCAAUAAUGAAUCUGUUCAAAAACUGUUCAUACUACUGGGGCUUUACUGCGUUUGUUUCAUACUUUGUUAACCAUCCAUUAUAUACUCCACCAUGUACAAUUCAAUUUUAUAUUGGUCUUGGUACUUUUAUUUUUUGUGAAUUAGGAAACUUAAGCAUUCACAUUGCAUUGCGAAAUCUUCGUCCACCGGGUACUAAAGUCAGACGUAUCCCUGUUCCCACUAUAAAUCCUUUUACACUUCUUUUUAAUUUUGUUUCUUGCCCUAACUACUCUUAUGAGGUGGGUAGUUGGAUUGGGUUUACCAUAAUGACUUCUUCAUUUUCAGCUGGAUUAUUCACUCUAGCUGGAUUUUACCAAAUGGCGGUAUGGGCUCUUGGAAAACACAGGAAUUACAAAAAAGAGUUCUCUGACUACCCGAAAAGUAGAAAAUCAAUUAUACCAUUUUUACUUUAAUAUGUACUGAAUGUUUUAAAUAAGUAUUUUCUAGAACUGAAUAUGGUGGAUGAAUAUUUUUAUAUGGGUUUUUCGGUUUGUAUCUUGUGGAUAUUAUAGUAGUAUAUUAUAUUUAAAAUUUACUGUUGUACAUUUAAUAACUUAAUUAAAA